UGUUGCUCGUUUGUAGCAUUCUCCUUUAGACAGUUUGGAGAUGAAUAAUUUUGAUGAGACUCCUCCAUUUGCCCUGAUCACACCCCUGUAGACCGUCGCCAUGGAUAAGAUUCUGGAGGCGCUGGUCAGCUCCGCUCACCCCGUGACGGUCAAACGGGCUAUUGUAAAGAAGGUGGUGGAGGCGGCUGAGAAGGAGGUGACGGAGGAGCAGUGCCAAGCCCUGUACGCUCUCACCACGCGCCUUAUACUCCUGGGAGAUGACGCCUUCCAGCGACAGGUGGGCGUCCAGGUACAGGAGGCGUACGCCCGCUACCACCGCGACCAGUUUGCCCAGUUCCUCAGUCGGGACUUUGUACUGGGCCUCCUCCAGCAGGGCUACGGCCCGUUGGCGCGGAAAGACCCGGCCAUCGUGGACUUUCUGCACGGCUCCCUGCGGCUGCUCCGCAGCUGCCCCUCUGUGCUGGAGCUGGCUCCGCUCCUGCAGACGGAGUUCCUGCGGAUGGUGUGUGCGCGCCCGGCGCCGGCUCUCUGCGCCCGGCUGGCGGCGCUGUUGGCAGAUUUCCCGCAGUGUGUGCCGCGGGACAAGGCCGGCGCCCUCUUCUGCCAGCAGCUGGUACGGACCAUGGGUUACUUUCAGUGCCAGGCCGGCGAGGAGAAGGAGGUGCGUGAGUAUGUGGCCCAGGUGACCAAGGUGAGCGGACUGCUACAGGGCAUCUGGAAGGCGGAGCCAUCCACUCUGCUUCCCUCUCUACAGGAAGUGUUUGCCAUCAUCUCCUCCACUGACCCGGCGUUUGACCCCUCCAUUGCUCUGGCCAGUCUGGUUCAGCAUAUUCCACUACAGAUGAUCACUGUCCUCAUCAAGAGUCUCACCACUGACCAGAACGUCAAGGACGCCAGCAUGACACAGGCUCUCUGCAGGAUGAUUGAUUGGCUGUCUUGGCCGCUGGCCAAUCAUGUGGACACGUGGGUGAUUGCUCUUCUGAAGGGUCUGGCAGCUGUGCAGAAAUUCACCAUCCUCAUAGACGUCACCCUGCUCAAGAUAGAACUGGUGUUUAAUCGUCUUUGGUAUCCUAUAGUCAGACAGGGGGCUCUGGUUGUCCUCUCACACAUGCUACUCAGCUUUCAGCAUUCACCUGAAGCGUUCCACAUGGUGGUCCCUCAAAUUGUGCCACUGGUUGAGUCUCUGAAGAGUGAUGGGCUUCCCACCAGUAAAGCCUUCCUGCUUCAGUUCACUGAACUCAUCCACUGCAUGAUGUACCAGUACUCUGGCUUCCCAGACCUCUACGACAACAUACUGGAGUCUGUCAAGGAACUGCCAAAGCCCAGUGAGGAGAUGAUCAGGCAGAUUCUGAACCAAAGUGCCUGGACAUCCCAGUCCAACUCCUUUACGUCCGGCCUGGUGAAGAUGUCGAGCAAGUCUGAGACGGGGAGGACAGGACUGGUCAACCUGGGAAACACCUGCUACAUGAACAGUGUCAUACAAAGUCUUUUUAUAGCCACAGAUUUCAGACGACGAGUUCUGUCCUUACAUCUGAACGGCACCAACACUCUGAUGAAGAAACUCCAGCUCCUCUUUGCUUUCCUGGCUCACACACAGAGGGCAGCGUAUGCACCGAGGAAUUUCUUUGAGGCAUCACGGCCGCCAUGGUUCACCGCAGGCUCCCAGCAGGACUGCUCAGAAUACCUGCGUUUCCUAUUGGACAGGCUCCACGAAGAGGAGAAGACACUGAGGGCUCUUCAGCAGCCCAAGCCAAAGGUCAACUCCCAGGAAACGGCUCGUGAGUCUGGUGUGGAUCCGAGCCCUGGCGAGGUGCCAUCGGGCCCGGCCCUGCCGCCCGGUGACGCAGAGAGAGGGGACAAAACUCUGGUGGAGUGUAUGUUUGGCGGGCGGCUGGCAACGGGCAUCCGCUGUUUACACUGCCACAGCGUCUCUGAGAAGCAGGAGCCUUUCACUGACCUCUCUCUAGCCUUCUGCCCCUCUGUCUCCUCCCCCCAAGGCUCCAUGGACCAGAACCAGGCGUCCAGUACCGUCGGACCGUGCCAGGGCGCGGUCAACGGGGGCAGUGAGAGCGCAGAGGGCCCGGUGAAGGACAUGGCUGGACCCAGCUUGGAAAAACCCCCGGCCGAGCCUGUCCUGUCCCUCACGGACCUGCUGGAUUAUUUUCUGGCUCCUGAGAUCCUGGAUGAGGAGAACCGGUACUUCUGUGAGCGCUGCGGGUCGCUGCAGCGGGCCGAGCGGCGCAUGCGCGUGGUGGCCGCGCCCGAGUACCUCAUUCUCACGCUGCUGCGUUUCUCCUACGACGCUGCGCGUCACGUACGCCGUAAAAUCCUCGACAACGUGGGCAUCCCGCUGUGUCUGGACCUGCCCGUUCACCAGCACUGCUGCUCGUCUUCCUCCCCAUCAUCAUCCUCACCGCCUCCCUCAGCACUACCUCAGACCCACUCCCCUGACAGCGGAGAGAACCUGGCCAAGAAACUGAAGCCUUCUCAAACGGACGAGGAGGAAGAGAGAGAGACAGAGGGACUGGAGAGAGGGAGGGAUGGAGAGAGAGAACUCUCGGAAGUUUCGGAGGUGCCUUACAUCCUCAGCUCUGUAGUGAUGCAUUCUGGGAUGUCGUCAGAAAGCGGACACUACUACUCCUACGGGAGGAGCGUGAAUGGCACGGACUCCUGUCACGCCUCAAAGACUGUUGGCUCAGAUGGGAAACCCAACUGGUCCAGCCAAUCGGAGGCAUGCUCUGCCCCACAGGAAGCGGAGGGGUGCUGGUUCCUGUUUAACGACAGCAGGGUGACGUUCACGAACUUCCAGUCCGUGCAGAACAUAACGAGUCGAUUCCCAAAGGACACGGCGUACGUCCUGAUCUAUCGGAAACAGGCGGGUAACGGACAGCAGGGGCCCGGAGCGACAAACGCCAACGGCCUGAGACUGAAUGGAGAACCACCCCUACAGAAAGAGCUCAUGGAUGCCAUCACGAAGGACAACAAACUGUUCUUACAGGAGCAGGAGCUGAACGCUCGAACCCGCGCCCUCCAGGCGGCCUCCGCAUCCUGCUCCUUCCGACCCAACGGCUCGGACGACAACGAACCUCCCGGCAGCUGUGGCCCCACGGGCGGGGGAGGGGGCGGGGGCUUCAGCAGUGUCAGCAGGCUGGUCUUCUGAAAGACAGACGGGCAGACGGGCAGACAGACAGACGGGCAGACAGACAGACGGGCAGAUCGUCAGACCCAGUCUGUCACGCUGACGACACUGGACGGUCUCCCGGUGACCUUGUGACCUCACAGUCCUUCUCUCCUCUCAUCCAAUCAAACGCAUGCAGUGUCUCUCAGAGUCGGUGGAGCGUGGUUUUCUCAAGCAAAAAAGUUUUCGAUGAAAAAAUACUUCACACGAACAUUGCAGCUCACAAUCCACAUAUCAAUGCAAUAAAUUUCUACUGAGAAAUGCAAUAUUGAUUUACUGUCAGAAAAACUAUGGGAUCUUGACAUUUUCCAGGUGAAUAGCAGAGUGACGGCGAUAAAGAAGGCUUGGGACAGAUUUGUGAGCUUGAGUUGAAUCUUGUGUAAAGAGUUUUAACGGUCAUUGUGUGUGCUUAUCGUUUGGGUUGAACAUUCUUUAAACUUGGUUUGAGUUGUUUAUAAUUAUUCUGAAUAUAAAGGUGUUAUAAAUUAAGUUAUUUUUCUCU